AUGCCUCAGGGAAAGUUGAAAGAAGUGGAAAAUAUCGAUGGCUGGCUGAUGAAAGUUAAAAAAGAAAUCCCAACUCUCAAUGAAAAAAUAUACCAUUGUGCGGAAAGGACAACUAAAGUCCAGUGUUCGGCAGCCUUCGGAGUUCACAAAAGUACCGGUGUAAUCAGAGUUAUUAAACAACACAUUAACCAUGAUAAAGACUUGUUGUCGAAUGCAGUAAAAAUAGGUAGACAAGAGUUAAAGCGUCGAGCUGAAAAUGGAAAUGUCCGUGAUGUGAUCGACAGUGUAAGAGCUGAUUUCGGUGCUCAUGUUUCAGUGGCAAUUGGUGAUUACAAUUGUAAAAGACGAUUAGUUCAUUCUAGUAAGGCCAGAAAAGACCCAGAUACAAACAAAAUGAAUUCUGGAGGUGCUAUUUCUGAGAAAUACAAACGUACUUUGGAUGGUGAUGGUUUUCUCAUAAGAGAUGUUACAUUUAAUCAAGAACGAGUUCUCAUUUUCGGAUCGGAUGUAGGAUUAGAGCUUCUUUCAGCUGGAAAAGUUUUGAUGGUUGACGGAACAUUUUCAUGUUGUCCGGAUGGAUUUACUCAGCUCUUCACAUUUCAUGUUUAUUUAUCUGAAGAUGUUGUCAAGCCAGUAGUUUUUGCACUUUUGCCUAAUAAGCAAUUGGCCACCUAUGAGUUCAUGAUAAAUCAAUUGAAAAGACUUCCGUUUCUUCAAAACUGGAAACCAGAUAUGAUUAUUUCCGAUUUCGAAGUUAACAUCAAAACAGCUUUUGAAAGAAGUUUCCCAACUGCGUCGUUCCAUGGCUGCUUGUUUCAUCUCAUUCAAUCUUGGAGGCGCCGUGCAGAAAAGCUCAAGUUAUAUGAUGAACUUCUCACGGGUUCUCUCCAAGAUUUCUGGCAACUGCUUAAAGUUUUGCCAUUUAUUGAGGAAAGUAAAAUUGGAAGAUUCUUUGAAAUCAUAGUUCUGGAGACAGUUCCUAACAUUGUUGGUCCAGCAGUGAAUGAGUUUAUUGAUUAUGUUGAUGAGAACUAUGUUAGGGGACCAGUUGGUGGCACUCCCCGUUUCUCACCGUCGCUUUGGUCUUGCUCCUUGCAAACCAUCAACGGCAUCCACCGAACAUCGAAUUCCGUUGAAUGUUGGCACAGACUCUUGCAUUCUGUCACAACGAUGCAUCACGGUUUCACAAAAGUAAAGCUCUCAGACUUGCUUCACAAACUUCAAAUGGAAGAGCGACAUACCAGUAUGGAUUGGGCUGAAUUAAAAAUUAACCCCAACUUCAAGGUUAUCAAAAGUCGUAAAGUCUCCAAUAUUAUGAAGGAUAGAAGAUUGAAAUUAGCUGUUGAGAACAACCCCCCUCCUCCUUAUCUCCCUCUUGAUGGCGUCCAACUCUUGUGGUCUUUCGUCAAUGCCAAAAAGUAUUGA